AUGUACCAAUCCGCGGAUUCUCUCAGUCUCGAUUACACAAACCAGCAGCUCUUGCCACGACGUUACGAGUCGGACGAGGAAGAGAUAUCAGAGUCGGAACAUGGUGGACACGAUAACGCUUUCUCACCCGUUGAUGACACUACGGGGACGUUUUCUGAUAUGAGCACGGAAGAGCUAUCUCGCGGCGUUGAGCCUGAGCCAGAGAACCGUCAAAUUGCCCGGCUGCUUGCUCCCUACCCGUCGAGAGGAAGGAAGUCGCGUCCCGUAUCAAUAGAUACAGUGAAGCGAAGCAGCAAUGCAACCUUUGCCACCGACUCCAUCGUCUACGACGACGAGGACGAUGAUGAUGAUGUGAUUAUCGAGCUGCCUCCUCCGGAUCAAAUGUCACCACUUCAGUCACCAAUCUUCUUACAGCCAACUGUUUAUGUGCCCCGGGUGGAAGAUACCGACGUCCUCGUGGCUGAGCAGGUCACAUAUGUGGAACCUAUGGCCAAACCUCACUUGAUUCAAAUCAGUCCCGAGCAAUCUUAUUUCCUGCCUGUUGCGUCGGCUGACGAGAAGCAAGACACCUUUUGCAAGCAUAGCUCAAGCAACGCCUCCGAUGAGGAUGCUUGCAAGGGUAUCUACUCGCUCAGACAGGCAGCCAAGUCUCAACCUCUACUUAUCUCAGGCGAGUCUGAUAGAGCGAAUGCAAAGCAGCUCAAACGCAACAGUGUCUCGGUAGCCGGGCACUCAUCGGGAUCGGCUAAGGAGUUAAAACGCAUUGAGGUGCCAAAGUCUAGUGCCACGAUGCAGUCGCUGUCCGAAGUCCCCGAGAUUCCCCAGCCCUUGUCGCCCCGCUUUCGCUCUAGGACAUUUUCCGGCGCAAGAGCGUUACCCGCCCAGAAGCUGCCCUCACUAUAUACUGCCGUACGCUCGCGUUUACCCGCCGAAUCCCUCCGACGGCCCCCUUCGUUGCGAAGCUUGAGUAGUGCGAGCGUCUUACUCUCGCACACCCGACACGCUUCCACGUCCGCAGGCUUGGACACUCGCACAGCAUCCACCUCCGCAUCCCACAUGCGCGUGAGCUCUGAACAGUCAUCCCCGCUACAAACAUGUCGCACUCCUUCUCCUAUCCUUCAAAAUUCUACUCCAUACUACUCCUCGCCAACUUUCUGCCGAGACCGAUCCGGUUCUGUGUACAGCAACAGCAGUGCACCCACACCGACCAGCUAUCGCCCACCCCCUCCGGUGCGGAACUCCACUAUGCAUUCUUUCAAAUCAUCCUACUCCAGCAGCCUUCGAUCGGAAGCGGAGAGUGUCCACAGUCUGGAUGCACCUGAGCCAGUCGAUCAGGCAGGAAAGUCUACUGUGAGCCGAAAGAAGAGCCUGAAGCGCAGCAAGCUCUCGAAUCGGGAGGGCAAGGAACAGUCCACCGCUAAGAGCAUCAUGGGCUUUAUGCUGAGAGGGAGGAGGAAAUCUACCAUCUGGAACCAUCGAUCAUAG